GUUUUGCAACAGCUUCGGCCUUAUGAUACAAUUAAUUAAUAUGGGGACAAAUUUGUUGAGAAAAAAUGUGCUAUGAAUAACCCCGCCACCGACGAAAUUGUCAAUUACUUAUCAACAAAGUUCAACAAGAUAUUUUGCGAUCGCGAUUUUGUUUGUUGUGUUGCAGAGGAUUUUCAGUUCAUAUUAAACAACAAAAAUAAAUGCUGUGUACUGCUCUUCCCCAUUCUAGGACCAAUCUAUCAGAAGGCGGUACGCUAUCAAGCCAAAAUUUUUGAUUUAGCUGUUUUUGGCGUUAACAGUGGUAAACACAAAUCCAUUGCGGUAUGCCACAAACAUUACCUUGUGAAGAAGGUAGUUGAGGAAGUAAUGGAAGAAACUUGCAGCAUAAAUUCAAGACGGAAGAGACCUGAAAGACAGUUAUAUGUGCCACCCGCUCAAAGAGGAUCAAGACUACCAAGAGAAGCAAAGGAUGAAUCACCCCCAAAAUCAAAAUCAAAACUUAAAAAAUCCAAAUCAGAAGAAAUCAUUAAAUUUGAAAGAAUAAUACCCUUGAAGUGUCUACUGUACUUGAUAGGAACCAAACCAGUUUUUAUCAACUGGAAAUACCAUACAUUUUUACACAGUGACUGUGUAUUCUAUGGACUACACAAAGUGAAACAAAAUAAAUGGACUAUUCCAAUAUACCAAAAAGAAUAUAAAGAAAUAUUUUUGGACAUACUACACAACAACACAUUAGUGUGGCAACCUACUAUAGGAAUUGCUAAUUCUUAUCACAACCCAUGUGCCAAUAGUUUAACAUAUCCUAUUAUUAAUAUACACCCAGAAAGUAUUGAAGAAACCACUAUUUUUGAUAGAACACCUAUUUGGGCUCACAGUUAUGAUACAAAUUGUUUAGAAGAUUAUAUUGAGUGUUGUUUUUACAAAGUGCUGUGUAAUGCUAACAAAAUAAGUGAUCAACAUUUAUUAGAUUUAUCGGUUUUUAAACUACCCCAUUUUAUGAUUAUUAGAGAUAAAACUGAUGAAUAUAUGUUUACUUGCAAAGAGGAUCACAACAUAGACAAAUGUUAUGAAUUGAAGAGAAUUGAAUUUUUAAAAAGUAAAACUAACGACACAAAAAACAAUAAUAUUGAAACUACUAGAGUUUUGGAAAUAAGUAAGGUAAAAAAUAACGAUAUGAUUAAAAACGAUAUAAAUUCGAAUAGAGAGAAAAUGUUAAAGAAAAAAGACGAACAUGAUCAAGAAAAGGAAAUUAUGAGGAAAACCAAAGAAAAUAUUAACAGAAAAUCUAAACCUAUUAUUAAAUAUGUUGGAGACAGUAACGAUACUCUUAAAAUAGGAAAAGAUGAUGAAAAUGUUAACAACUGGGAGGAUUUAUUUGAUGACAAAGGGCAGCUGCAAGACGAAUUAUUUACUGAAAUAGUACAAAAAGUCGGAAAUGACGUUACUAUAGUUAAGGCAACUGAGGAUUACUCCGCGUACACAACAAAACCAAUCGAAGAGUUUGAGCAUGUCGUCGAAUUGUUCAACUUCCCGCCAACGCUGGAAACGCACGAUAUAAUUCAAAUUUUUAGCGAUAUUAACAGCGACGCCAUGUACAUUAAAUGGGUGGACGAUACGCAUGCGCUUUUAGUCUUAGGCUCGUUAAGUCAAGCUCAAAGGGCCGUCGAAGUCGAUAACCCGCUUAUUAAAGCUAGGCCAAUGUCUGCCGCUAGCGGAGCUUCGCUAAGUGUAGCUUACAAAUCCGAUCUUAAGCCGGCUAUGAAAAGACCGCAGACUAAUUUACAAACAGCCAGAAGACUUAUUACAACGCAUUUGGGAGCCAAGACUCGUGUUUCUAAAGAACAAUCGGCCAAAGAAAGAGAGGACCUCAAAACUGCUAGAGAGAUGAAGCGUUUGGCGAAAAAAAACGAAAAAGACGCUUGGGAUGGUUUUUGCAAGUAAAUUAAUGGUUUUAGAAACUAUAAUGUGCCUUAUUAUUUUUUAACGUAAUUUUUUUUAGUUACCAUUAACUUUAAUUAUUUUAUAAAAUUCUAUAUAUACACGUUUUUUAAUAUUUAUUCAAUGCUAAGGAUAUAAAAUUGACAAGAUCUGUUUUAAGAAAUCAUUUAUUUAUUGAAUUGAAUUGACAAUAUUAUACCUACUUUAAUUUUAAUUUUUUAAAGCAGAUUUUUGAUUAAUUGAUUUUUUAUUAUUUUUUGUGAUAUUUAUUUGUUAUACAUACAGGACAAGUAUCCUUUUAUGUGUAUACUACAUGGUGCACCCUGUAUAAUUACUUUAUACAUAUAUUUUUUUGACUAUACAUGCUCAGGAUACCUUGUAUAAUUAAAUUUGUUUACAAAUAUAAUUGUAUUUUACUUUAUACACUUGUUUUACUUAAAAAACCUACAAAUGUAC